AUGGUGUGUAACGAUGUCGAGAUCGAACCAGUACUUCAAGACAUCUCCGGCGAACAUUUAAACAGAGGAUCUAACAAAGCUCAGGAUGCAAGGUUAGAUAUCCACACGCAUGGUUUCUGGGAGCGACAUCGAUCAGCAUUCUUCGAUGUGAGGGUCUGUCACCCUAAUGCUAUAUCGUAUAGGGACCUAGAGCCACAACAAAUUUAUCGUAUCCAUGAGAACGAGAAAAAGCGUCUCUACUCAAAGAGAGUCUUGGACAUCGCGCAUGGAACAUUUACACCUUUGGUCUUCACCACAACUGGCGGAAUGGGAAAGGAGUGCUUGAUGUAUCAUAGCCUUUUAGCACAGCUGAUUGCCAUCAAAAAAGGGGAGUAGUAUGCCAAAACCAUCUCAUGGAUCAGAACCAGAACCUCAUUCGUCUUAGAGGCUCUAGGACAAGAAGAGUGCCAUGUGACAUUAAGGAUGUUGAUAUUGAGGUCGAAGUUGUUGAAGGAGCCAUUAAAUCGGACUAUUGAUAUGUUUCCUUACUUUUAAAUGGCGAAUAUUCGUCAUUAAGACAUUGUGAACUCUAUUUAAUUUUCCUCUUUUUUAGUGAUUAUCUUAGUAGGAAUGCAAUUGACCUUGAAAAUAGUUUCUUCUCUUUUAUUCGAAAUGAACUGUUUUAAUUGAAAUGAAAUGUUCUUAAUUCGAAUAAUUUUUGUUUAAAGAAAUGAUCUCUUUUUCUAAUCAAAACUAAGUGUUUUUUUUAACGAAGGGAAUUGUAAAUAGUGUUUUGACGAAAUUAUUUUUUUUAAAGUGGAGUAAUUGUAAAUAGGAUUUUAAUAGUUAGUAUGUUAUCAACAAAAUAUGUGUUAAAUAAAACUCAUUUUCACAACAAUUUAAAAUAAUAAUAAUAAUAAUCAGAAUAAUAGUAAUAAUUAUAAUUAUAAUAAUAAUAAUAACAAUAAUAACCCUUAACUGUAAUCAUUUUUUUAGCUUCAACCAUGUAUUACGCUGUAAAUGAAGAUUGCUUCGUUUUUUGUAAAAUUCUUAAUGAAUCCACUCUAUAGAGCAGCUGCUUUGAGGAGAUAAUUAUACUGAUAGGAAAGACUGAAAAAAAAAGAGAUUAGUUAAAGCGCCAUAAAAGGGUUCCGAAAUAUUAUCAUCACUCAAAUCAAAUUAAAUCUUCCUUCUCAAGAUGUAGAUUGUACUUAUGAAAGUACAAUGCAGUACACGAAUAAUCUUCGGUUGUCAUCAAUAUUCAAUAUCACUGUCUUCAUGCAAAUAGUAUGAGCAUAAAGUACACUGUUCGUUGAUGAAACAUGAUCACUGGUUCAGUAUUUGGCGGAUAAAAUCGCAGCUUCCAUUAGUUACGCUAAGUGUACGCUUAUAUAUGUGUUUUGUCAAUAAUGCAAGUCUUCUUAUCCGAUCCUUUUGGACAUAGGUUUAUCACUGGACAUUAAAAACAAACAGCAACUGAAGAUGAGAACUUGGAAGCAACUUCAAAUCUCGAAAUUUCUCAGAAUUGCCUUGAUUGUUGUAAUAGUUUCGGGCACGUGUUUAUUCUUCAUGGUUCAUCAACUGGAAAAUCCGCCGUAUAUCGCGAAGGAAUUCCCAUUUCCGGAGACACCUUAUUCUGAAAAUGCGAACAAAAAUGUUAAAAGGUCUGAUAUCUUAAAGAACAAAAAGGAUUCCUUCUUCAAAGACUUGUACAAUUUUCAUACGAACACUUCAAAGAAAAUGUCUGGUACAUCCCAAGCUCCAUCUAAACGCAGAUACAAGUUUAUGAAAGGAAAACGUUUAAAAAAGUCUGGACGCGUUUCAAACAAGACCAAGAAAAAGUUUGGCCCUGGAAGUUUACUUAAUAAAAUCGUGAACGUAUCACAUUUUCAUUUUCAGCGAGGAUUACCGAACGGUAUACGAAGCUUUCCCGAUGAUUAUCACAGGAUUUCCGAAUCGGAAUUGGCUUUAAAACGAACGUCUGAAAUGGUUAAAACUUCAACACCAAACCCCAAAGCUGGAACUUUUAAACAACAUUCAACUAAUGCUCAGACGAAUAUUAUGGGAAAGAGAGAAGCAGACUCGAGAAAGGAUUCAGAGACGACGAAAGGAGGAUUUGAAUAUACAAAGUCAGUUGAAUCUGAUUCUGAGAUUCGACGACCGAACACCGACGAAAAUUCACAGCUAUGGGCAAAUGUGCGGUAUGAAAAUUUAACUGCUGUUUAUAAUGUUGGAGGUAAUGUUAGCCAGAUUCGAGAUAGGGCCAUGACAGCUAAACCAAAUUCCAGGUCUGCUGUAUAUAUGUGGAAGAACGGUGUCAGUCGUUCAGAUACUUUAGACAGUACUUGGAAUCACAUUCAGAAAGAAAUAAUUCGCCGGCUUCCAAACGAGGCUGUAUCGGAAUAUAAGUUAAAGCAGAAAACCAGGAAUGAUCUCCAGGAUUUCGACGAUGCUCAGAAAGAAAAAACUUUUGAGGAAAUUUUAAACACAGAGACCUCAAUAUAUCAAGAUUUCAAUCAGCGUCCAAGUGAGGAAACACCGGUUAAUCUGAUCAAUCAUGGCAAAAAAUCUAGCAAAGUUGUGUUAAAUUUUGAAGGGAAUUUAGCGCCGAAGGUCGCGAGUAAACUUCGUGCCUCCGAUCAGCACCCGAAGAAGAAACGUAGGAGCCUUCUGAUCUUCGGAGACGAUCGCUCGGGCACAACUUUUGUUACUAAAAUGUUUGCUGCGGACCCUCAAAUGUUCACAGUGUAUGAACCCUUAUGGGUGACGAAGAAAUGGUUCAACCAGUUAGGAAUCGUAGAUCCCAGAGAUAAAGACAUUGUUGUGCAAGACGUAGUGAAUGGCUUGUUGUCUUGCCACUUCACUCAAUCACAGAUCGCAAGAAGCUUUCUAGCCAACACGCAUCCUUCGUGGAUUGCCAAAGGCGUUUUUGAGAAAAAUGUCUUCAGAACCUCAGCAUUUGCGGCAAGAACAAAAUCUGGAAAGAAAUUUUGGCCCGAUCUUUACAAAUAUCCCAAAUUCGCCGAGCAGGUCUGUCUCAAUAAAUUUAACCAUAGUGUUGUCAAAGUAGGCCAAGUUCGUACACCUCGCGAAAGCAUCUUUACGUUUAUCUCGAGUAUAUUUGACGAGACUGUGGAUACAGAUGUUCGUGUUAUUCAAAUCGUACGCGAUCCACGAGGAAGUAUUAAUUCGCGGAUAAGAAGUGGUUGGAUUUCUGAUUUUACCUACACGGGAUUUCCCAUGUCUGUUUCUUCACUGUGUCGCAAAAUUGCUAUAAACAUCAAGAUUGGAAGAAAGCUGCAUUCCGUGGAAUCACUAAGAAAUAGGUAUAUGGAAAUUACGUACAAAGAGAUUGCAACGAUGCCAGUAGCCACUGCAAAGAAAAUUUACCAGUUUGCUGGCUUCGAAAUGCCUGAUAGCUUGAUAGACUGGAUCGUGCGUAGCACGAAUCCGGAACAGAAGCAGCUUGCAGCAGCUUUGGAAAAUCCAUAUUCUCACGUAAGAGAUUCAAGUGCAAAUUACUUGAAAUGGCGAAGAGAGUCGCCGAUAAAGAGAGUCAGGAUUAUCGAACAGCAAUGCAAGACGCUGUUGGAUUUACUCGGAUUAGAUGCUGUCGCAGACGAAAUGGAGACGCUGCGCUCUUGA